AGUGGUACUCAACUUCCCAGCACGGAAAAGUUAAUUCGGUCUUGUUGGCCAUCUCCAUUUUUGAUACCUUGGAGAGGCCAGCUGAGUUCCCAGUUGCUUACUUUCUUUUAACUCAUAUUCUUAUUGAACUAGGAGACAGCAUCAAAUACGAGGAAAGGGGCAAUAGAAAGGCAGGCAUAUAUGCAGAAAGAGCCGAUGAUAUAAAGCAGGCAAAAGAGCAAAUUAAGGAUUUGAGAGCGAAGAGAAAGUAAGAUCAUGGGUGUGGUGAAGGCGGCCAUAGGAGAUGCAAUCUUGACAUGUUUAUGGGUGUUCAGCGCGCCGAUGAUGGGAAUUCUUACUCCUGUCAUAGCUACAUAUCUUGGUGUUCAAGCCCAGCCACUGGCAGGCCUCUUCAUCACUACCAUCCUUGUCACAGUUCUUGUCACGACAUUCAGCUUGAUAGGGAAGGCCUUGGGUGGUGCUAGCUUCAAUCCCUCUACCACCGUUUCAUUCUACGCUGCAGGCCUUGUUCCUGACUCAUCUCUCAUCUCCUUGGCCGCCCGAUUUCCUGCUCAGGCAGCCGGUGGAGUGGGCGGCGCCAUGGCUAUACUGCAAGUGUUGCCAAGCCAAUACAAACAAAGGCUCAAGGGACCUUCCCUGAAAGUGGAUUUGCAUACUGGAGCCGUUGUCGAGGGUGUGUUGACAUUUGUGCUUAGCUUUGCCCUCCUUUUGAUCAUGCUCAGGGGUCCUAGAAACCUACUGUUGAAGGUUUGGUUCCUUGCUGUGACAACCGUAGGAUUAGUUGUUGUAGGGUCUGGUUACACGGGGCCUUCCAUGAACCCUGCCAACGCCUUUGGCUGGGCAUUUCAGAACAAUCAGCACAGUAGUUGGGAACAUUUUUAUGUUUAUUGGAUUUGUCCCUUCAUAGGAGCAACUUUGGCUGCUUGGAUCUUUAGGAUUCUGUUUAUUCCACCAAUCAAGGAGAAGAAAGCCUGAAGAAGCAUGAUGAAUGAUCUAGAUAAGCUCCACUUGCCUCUGUUAUAAGUAUUUUGUUCUCCCCCUUUCUUUUCUCACUUCAAUGACUGGCAAAACAGUUAUCAUGAUCUGAUAGUUAAGAAUAUGAUUAUCAUGGGUUCCAAAA